GCAUGGUAGAAAUAAAAGUUAAAAUGAAAUAUAAAAUGCUUUUCAGUCGUAAUUACGAUAUAUUUUCAUGAUAAAAAUUAAAUACCGUUUUGACUUUUGAAAUAGCUUUAACUUUAACAGACUGUGGACGUUAAAUUCCUCUUGUUGGUGUAUAAAUACACUUAUCAAUGAUUUUAUUGUUUUCUUACUUUGUUUGUUUGACCACAAGGUAAGAAAUUAUUUUGACAUAGAUAAUUCAGCCUUUCUCCUAUUAUAGUAUUAAUAUGAAACAAUUCUGUGGAAAUACGCAUUUUUGGUAAAUUUUGAAAAGGAAAUGUUAUGCAAGACUAAUCAUGCAAUGGUUUUCCAAUUCUAAUGAAGACGAGAACUUCAACUGAAGUUAGGAGGAAGGAAGACUGAUACUUCAGAGAAAACUGUAAAUUUUGCAGUCCUCAGAGAUGGCGGAUUAUUACUCUAUACUUGACAUUCCCCGUACAGCAACUAAUGAUGACAUAAAAAAAGCAUACCGCAAACUUGCCUUAAAAUGGCAUCCAGAUAAAAAUCCAGAUGACAAGGAAAAAGCAGAAUUCAUGUUUAAAAAAAUUUCAGAAGCUUAUGAAGUUCUUUCAAAUGAAAAGAAACGAAGAAUAUAUGACCAGUAUGGAAAAGAAGGAUUACUUGGUCAAAGAGGCCAGGGCACUUACCACAACAGAGAGUCAAUGUUUGCCUCUGACUUUGGACCUAUGUUUAAUUUUGCAUUUCGAGACCCAAAUGAAAUCUUCAGAGAAUUUUUUCAAAAUGAUCCAUUUGCUGAAUUUUUUGGCAAACCUUCCAGAAAGUCUAGAGCAACCAAUUCCACUGCUGUUAAUAGGAGAGAAGACCCUUUCUUUGGGAUUCCAGGGUUUGAUAUAGGGUUCUCAGGGUUCUUCAAUGGAGGAUCACUCAAUCAAGGCUUUACGUCGUUUGCUAGUGGUUUUGAUACCAGUUCAGGACAUUCUGCAGUCAAGAAAACAACCAAAUCAACUCGCAUUAUCAAUGGAAAGAAAAUUGAAACAAGAAAGGUCAUAGAAAAUGGUACAGAAACUGUUACAGUUUAUGAAGAUGGAGUCCUGAAGAAACAAACAGUAAAUGGGGUACCCCAGGCUCUUCAGUAUCAGCAUUAAAAAUAGUAUUUGCCUUUGGAAAGUACAAUUAAAUUUUUGAUAAUGUCAAAUAAUUAGUAAGAUCAGAGCCAAAGUUUCUAGAGCAUUGCAAAGAAAUGAAUAUUUUUUUUUCAUUUUUAAUGAAUUUUUUUGUCAUUCAUAUCCAAGUCAAGAUAUACUGGAAGCCAUUAAAAUUUUCAGGUGUAAUUUUCCAUUCCUAAAUGAUAUGUGAUACAUCUGUAUAUCUUUCUUUAGAUUACAUAUAUUUUUUCAGUGAAUUAAAAGGAAUGUUUGUUGAUAGUACCUGGUUAUAGCAACUUUGGCCAAAAUAAAGCCAAAAACGACUGGUGUUAUUAUUAACUUCUAAAUUCCAAUAAAUUGUAUUUUAAGUCUUGGCUGUACUGUUA